AUGCUGACUCCCGGUAGAUGGCAGCUCCGCCGGGCGCGCAGGCAGCGCGCAGGCAGCGCGGGCGGAUGGAGUAGGGCGGGCCGGGGCGCAGCGCCGCGUCCCACGCGCGUCCCCGCUCCCACGGCGGGCGGAGAGGCUGCCCCACCGCCCCAGGUCUAUGUCACCAUGCAGCACUAUGGAGUGAACGGCUACUCCCUGCACGCCAUGAACUCACUGAGUGCCAUGUACAACCUCCACCAGCAGGCAGCUCAGCAGGCCCAGCAUGCCCCCGACUACCGGCCCUCGGUGCAUGCCCUCACCCUGGCAGAGAGACUGGCUGACAUCAUUUUGGAGGCACGUUAUGGAUCCCAGCACCGCAAACAAAGGCGAAGUCGCACGGCCUUCACCGCCCAGCAGCUGGAGGCACUGGAGAAGACCUUCCAGAAGACUCACUAUCCAGAUGUGGUGAUGAGAGAGCGGCUGGCCAUGUGCACCAACCUGCCUGAAGCCAGAGUCCAGGUCUGGUUCAAGAACCGGAGAGCCAAAUUCCGGAAGAAGCAGCGUAGCCUGCAGAAAGAGCAGCUGCAGAAGCAGAAGGACUGUGAGGGGAGCCACAGUGAGGGAAAGAUGGACCCACCAGUGCUGGAGACCCAGGCUCCCACCCCAGACACUGAGAAGGUCCAGAGCCUCCCCAGCGAGGCUGGCACAGACCUCAACCUGACCCUGUCGGAGCAGUCAGCCAGCGAGUCAGCGCCCGAGGACCAGACCGAGAGAGAGGAGGAGUUCAAGAGCACCUUGGAUGAGGCCAAAGUGGACAAGAGCCCUGGUGUGGACAGCAAGGCUUUGAACUGCAAGAGAGCGAGCCCAAAAGCAGAGUCUCCCAUCAGCGCGACUGUGACGCCUUCAUCCAGCAGUGGCCUGGCUCAGACUCACUCCUACUCCUCCUCGCCCCUGAGCCUCUUCCGCCUGCAGGAGCAGUUCCGCCAGCACAUGGCAGCCACCAACAACUUGGUCCAUUACUCCUCCUUUGAAAUGGGGACACCGUCUGCCAUGCCCUACUUGGGCAUGAACGUCAACAUGGCCCCGCUAAGCUCCCUGCACUGUCAGUCCUAUUACCAGUCGCUGUCCCACGCUCAGCAGGUCUGGUCCUCCCCCAUCCUGCAGGCCUCCAGCUCCCUGCCAAGCCUGAACAGUAAAACCACGAGCAUUGAGAACCUGAGGCUCCGGGCGAAGCAGCACGCGGCGUCCCUGGGGCUGGACACCCUCCCCAACUGACUGCCCACGAGAAGAUGCACCAGAGGUUGGCACUACACACGGCACUCCUUGGAUCCCCACGUGCUCCCACCUCUUCCUGAAGUAAGGUGCUCCCAUGCAGGGAAAACUUUGCAUUUAUUGACGUCUUACUAGCACCAUGGUUGCGUCAGACACUGCUACUGGCUUGGUCUUCACUAAAUGUUUAAUGAGGAAGGGGGAGAAGAUCUAUGUUUAGACAGAUGAACUGUCCUCUGGACUGCCAUGAGUUAAGGCUGUGAUGUUGAGGAGGAGCCCCCUGUCCUCAUCCCCUCAAUAAGGUGCCAACUGUGUUAUAUUCACUUUUUUGUUGUUGUUGUUGCGUUCUUUGGGGGAAGAAAGAGUCCUGCUUUGUCUUGUAUAUAGUUUAUAAUGUUGACAGCGCCCAUCACCUGUGUGUUACUGUCAGUGUUACAGAACCAUGACCUCUUUUGCUUUUAUUCCCCUUUCCUUUUCAAUUUUAGUAGCUAGUAUCAGAGUUACAAAUCAGCCAUCCUCUCGACCUCAGCUGGUAGCUUGUUGCUCUUCUUGGGUCAGCAUCCUAAAGGUGUUCAUGGGGAAGAGAAAUGAUUGUGCACUUCACCUCUCCACUUCUCCCUUCUCUGCUGAAGAUAAUUUUUUAACAACUGGGAAAUGACCUGAAGGUGAAUUUCCUGUUUAGGCACUUCCUAUAAGGCAAGCAUUUUUUGUUUUCUUUUUAAUAGCACUUGCUCAAAGACGACAAAAUAUUGGCCAAAUGCUGCUGGCUGGGAGAAAAUGAAGGCCGAAUUUGCAGGAUUAUUUUUGAUCUAUUUUAUUUCCUCUUUGAUCUUCAAUGAAGUGCAAACUUUAUUUACAAAUUACAGGGUUUUCUUUUUGGUGAGCAUUUUGGUCUUACUUUGACUAUAGAUAAUAAAAAUUUCGUAUGGACUCCUGGUGUGUUCAUACACCAUUAAUUUUAUGGUUCUUUGACGAAAAACUUGAUGUAAGCUGUGUCUAGAAAAACUCUGAUCACCAAAUUCUAUCCUCGAGCCCUCAGUUCCGAAAGUGGUUAUCAAGCAAAAAUGUAACAAGUGAAAAAUGCUGAACUUCUGGAGGCAAAGCAGGUGUAAGCAGGGGCUUUAUAUUCUCUGUGGAGCUGAGGGGGGAUAGAUGAACUUGCCAAAAAUGCAGGGUUUGCAAGUAACCAAAAUUCACCAACCUCAGAAUUGUUGCAUUGAACAGUUUCAGUCUCAUUUCAUUGGAAUGACCCAUCAUUCAUCCUUGGGUGGUUUUCCUUGUUGGAAAGGAAUGAUUCUGCCAGUUUAAAUCACUUUUUGGUUGUUGUUUUUUCUUUUUUGCCUAACCAAAUAAACAUUUUGGACCCACUGCUAUUACUCUGAGCAUUAGGGAGGGAUGAUAUCCAGAUCUAAUCUCUAAUAUCGCCUAGGACCAAAAAAAUCCAGAGUGACUCUGGGGCAGGUGGUCUGUUUGUAUCCCAGGAGUGUCGACUGCGUGUGUCACUAACAGACUGGGAAGAGCUGUGCUGUCUCUCUGCAAAUAAUCAUAAUUGAUUUAACAUGAAGCAUAGACCCAUAGCCUGUGGCCCCUCUCACUCCCACCUUGCUUCAUGCUGGGGCAACAGCCAGGGGUCAAAUUACCUCUUUAAACAUGGAAGAAAAGAGUGUUUUCAGCUACAUCCAUGCUUCUUGAAAAAACAUCUAACUCCUGCAAAUAGAGAUGUAAGAAUAGCCAAGUUUGAUGGGAAAUAGUGCUUUAUCCCUCAUAAAGCUGUAGCAGGAGCAGACCUCUGGGUGGGGGCAGCUCAUCAACCGCACCAGCUUCCAAGGAAAACGGAGUGUCUUCCAUAAAUAUUUCCAUUGUGCCAAACACUUCAGUUUGGGGCUUUUCUCUCAUGCUUUAGUUUUCCUGACUGUGUCAAAUCAGCCCCCGUGACCGGCAGAAUUCUCCACUUUGCCAAAACCAAAUGUAUUUGUAGGAAGCAGAUUUUUGGCUGCCGCUUUCAAAGGAGUCUGAAUAAAUUAAAACCACCAAAGCACAUUUACUCUGUCCAAAAAGAAAGUCCCAGCUUUCCUUUUUUGCAGCCUGUCACCCAAACCAAGGACACCCAAACAAAGCUUUAAUUUUCCUCCUCCUUCCUCAAAAGGCUCUAUUCUCCUAUAUUUUUUCUGUGCCCUGCUAACCUCUGCGCCUUUAUAGGCUGUGGAAUUGUUUUACCAGAGCAGAGCAAACACAAAUUGAAUUAAUGCCCCUUCCAAUGUUGUUCCCUGGUGCCAGUGAACAAGCGAGGCAAUUGGGUGUGAGAUCAGAUCUACACUUCAGCUCUUUUUUAAUUAAUAAAAGAUGCCCAUGAAACUGCAGCUCAUGCCAGUGGGUGUUUCAGGCAGAGAGCAGAGGGUUGCAGUCACUCUUGUACCAUCCCAGGUAAGACAGGCAUCUCUUCUCUGUCCAUGGGGCUGGAAUAGGAGGCAUCAGCUCACAGCAGGGCAGGUACAGCCUUACCAUGGAAGGUCAGAACGCAUGGAUUUAUGGCCUGCUCCUGCAAAGUGAGGACAGGGAGCGCAGGAGAUAAGCUCACUUGAUCCAGCACUAGAUUUGCUGUGAUCCUCUGGAGGGAGAUGAGACCUUCCCCACUGAGCCAAGGAGGGAAACUCUUCCCUGUGCCUCGGUGCAAAAAUUCGUUUUAACAUUCACAGCCUUCACAUGUCUUGACCGACCCUGGAGCCUGACCCCUUUCAUCCCUGUGUUAUUGCUGAUCUCCUUCCUCACAGAGGCUUGGAACUGCUACCAGGGCAUCUCUCACACCAUUAAAAACCAACAUUGAGAUGAGGCCAGCACAACUCAGGAAGCAAACUGGGAGAGGAGACAUUCGGAUCUCCAUCAGUCCAUAGGGGUGUCGGUUCAGUGCCAUCCUCAUCUGCCUCUGCAAGGAGCAGCAGCUGACUGAGGCGCAGCUGGUCCUGGACUGGGGCAUGUGAAUGAUUCCCACCUGCAGAUUAGUUCUCCCAUUCUGAAUCAGGAUAAAAAUAUCUAAAAUUUAAAAAUAAGCAGGGAAAAAAAAAUAGAUUGUCUUAAAUACAGAUGAGCCCCUGAAGUGUUUUAUGCAACAUUUGGGGUUUACCUUGUUACAGUCAAGCUCAAACAUCCAUGAGGGGAGUGAGCUGGCAUGAAAAGCCAGAAUUGAUCUGGAAAUGCAAAGACACAUGAAUUUAGGCUCACAGCUUGCAAAAGAUUAGUAGUCAAUUAUCUGUCAAAACGGACUCUUUCCUGUAUAUUGUUUUAAGGUCUCUGAGCUCUUGGGCUAUUUUUGACCAAUAGAAAAUUAUGAAAAAACAUAGGGAGAAACUCCCCAUUCAGUUUAAUCCUGUGUAUGUAUCGGGAAGACUGAAGGGAUGGAUUCUGCAUCAUUCCUCUUUGAACUUUGCAAAGCUGGAUGUUUCUCCAGGUGGGAAGAACCCCUGCGAAUGUCCCGAUUUGUGAUGUGAGAUCUGCUUGUCCCCUUCCCCUCCACCAGCCCCAGCUAUUUAAGAAAAUGAAGUCACUGAUGAGUCUCAGAAUCAAAACAGAUUGAGGUUCCCUUCUCCUCACUUCUAGAUGGAGGUCUGAUACUUCUUAACAAACAUUUCAGUUGGAUAUUACACAGCUUCUUCCAUCACAGGCAUGAAAUGCUUGGAGUGUAACACAGAGAUCCUACCUCAUCAGACAGAUGAACGAUUACAGGGGAGAAAAAGAGCUACCCAUCCCCUCUGGAUGCUGUGCCAACCUGGUGCCAGGGCAUUGCUGGGACAGCUUCAGCCACAGGGAGAUUAAAUGUAAAAAGGAAGCAACAUUUUGUGUUCUGUGAGGCAGGUGUUCAAGUUGGUUUUUUAAUGUAUGGAAGGAAUGCCAAACAAAUGCACAGCAUGGCACAGAGGCUGGGAAAAGAAUAGGUCCAAUCCUUUAAAAACAGUGCUGGAAACUCCGGACAAAGUCUCCCUAGUUCCUGUUUGGAAACAGGUUACAGAUCUGGAGAUGUCCUCUGCUAGUCUUUUCCCCUUCCUAUGGUUUUGUUUACUUUGCCUCUGCUUGGUGAACCAACUCCAGCUCCAAACCUUCCCUAGUGAAUUCAUAAAGGUUUUAUAUAUGGUCCUUGCAAGAUCAAGGCCCAGGAGAAAACCAGUCACAAUAUUCAGGGCAAAAGUUUGCAUUUAAAUUUCUUCUACUCUGCAAGAGAUGUCUAAUUAGUAUUAAAUUUUUUUAAAAAAAUAAAAAAAGGAGAUAUUUAAACAGUUCAGGAGAAAUGCUAAAUGAGAAAAUAUCCAGUAAUGAUGCUGGGAGACUAAAAGGAAACAUUUUUUUUUUCUUUUUUUUGUCUUUUUUUUUUUUGCUAAGAAUGGGAAACAUCCUUGGUGGUGAAUAUGGGAAUAAAGAGAGGUAUGUUUUUUCCCUAUAUUUCCUCCAUGAAAAAUCAUCAUUUGCUGUGUAGGAAACACAAAGAAUGCUGCCAAAUAUGAAAAUAACCAUCAGCAAGCAGAUCCCUCCACAUCUCCUUUCUCAUUUAGGUAUUUCACCAUGUGAAGAAUUUUAAUGUGUUGCCACUGCAGCCAGCCAAAGAGAUGCUUGUCUUUGCUGAAGAAAUACCAAAGUGGGUGGACACAGAGGAGGAAACUGUAAUUAUUUCUGUCCCUGUGUUCCACGUGUGCUACUUCCAUUGACAUGACAAUUUUGAGCAACAUCAGGAUAUCUCUGAAGAGUUCAUACGUAAAGGAUUAAAAAAACCCCUCUAGAAAAGGAAUGCAAAUUAAAACCCACCAUUUUCUAUUAGUUUAAUUACAGUAGCUAUGAAACAUAAUUCAGUUAAGCUUGAAAAAAGCCAAUUACAGAACUUUCCUGCUGGUUUUUACAAGCUGUGUUGAUUUUUCUUUUCCUCCCUUCUUAGCCCUCCAUGUGCCCCUUGCUGGCUUUUUAUGAUCUGUUCUAGAGCAGCAUAAUACAUCUCCUGGGGUUUUUUUCUUCUGAGUGAAAACAAGCUAUUUCUCUGCGUAGGUCUGCUCUCAGCCCAAAUCCAUAGUGGAAGGAUAAGAAGAGGCUGGUGCAAUAAACAGCAAAAAGGAAAACCCCCAAAAAUUUCAACAAUGCAAGAUCAAACAAACAAAAAAAAUCCCCUGCUCUGCCGUGCGGCUGCGACCUUCCCACCGUGUUACACAACAGGCCAGCAAUGAUUAAGGUUCCCUGUUUUCCACAGACUUUGCAGAUGCUCUUUGCUUCCCAGCUGCCCAGGCAGCAGCCUCCACAUCGUCCCUGGCUUUCCUGGACUCCUGGGGAAGAGAUGCACACGCUGAGGUGCCUCCUCUGCAUGUGGGUGUCUCCCCUUAACUCAGGCUCUCGUUAAUGCCAACGCUGAGCUCGGCCCCAGCGCCUCGUGCAAAGGUCAGGAUGUGUCCCAGGACUUGCUGGCUUCAGAGGAACCUGCUGGGGUUUGUAGAGUGAGACCCAGACAUGGCACAAAGACAGACCCUCAUCACUGCUGUGAUGCCAGAGUGGAAUUAUUGCACCAGCUUCAGUGGAGCAAUGCCACGGCUGAGGACAACACCUAAGCCCCACAUUAAUUUGUAAAGAAUAUACAAUUUUUCAUAUACUAACCAAAAAAAAAAUUCAUUUAUAUUUUUAAUAGUCUGGGUUCCAGGCUGGAAGGCCUCUUCAAAAUCUCUUUAAGACACACAUUAAGCCCGUAGCAAGUUAAAUGGUGCAGCUGGUGCCCUAUGAAUGGCCAAAGCCUUUUCUAACUGCUCUGGCAAUUGAGUGGGGCCAUCUCAUAAGGAAGAACUUUAGAUGUGUCUGUGCGAUGGAAAAUAACUUUUUGGUUUAUUUUCUCACACCAGGAGGCAAUCAAUCUAUUCUUUUUUUCCCAGGUUCUGACCCAAGGUGUACAGUUAGCUGCAAAGUGUAUCCGUGUUUGUAUGUCAAACCCAUCUUGCAAAGGAACAAAGGCUUUUAAAUUGCAAAAAGGAAAUCAAAGUAAUAUACUGUACAGAUUGCUGUAAAAUUGAGCUUUAGUGUAAGACCUUGUGCUUUAGAAUUCACUAUUGAGGAACUCAAAUGUGUAUCAUAUUUAUUUAUUCUGGUAGGUGAAAGGAGAAGAAAACAAAAAGAGUUUAUAUUCAUUUCUGAAAAGCUGCAGCAUGAUGCUAUGUACCGAUUGUGCCAGUCCUGCUUUCUGUAAAAUUAUUGCCUGUUUUCAUACUCCGCUAAUAAAAAGGAAAAAACAUCAAGGAAAA